AUGGGGCUUCGCACACAAUAUCUGCUGUUGCUCUUCUUCUUUGGUUUAAUCGCGAAGGGUUUAAUCAAGUCUACUCUCGGAUCAAAUCUGUCGCUCGCAUUACUCGUGUGCGUGGGCAUCUACUAUUGGCGCAUUAAACAGAAGGAGAAAUGUGUUUACGACGACAUCGCCCGCCAGCAGGCCGAGGCUACCGCUAAGCUGGACGCUUUUCACGGCAUUGGCGACGGAAAGGUUACUGAGCUCAGCAUGGCAAUGCGCAGGACGUCUUUCAAACUCAGCGAGGCCGAUACAGGCAUCAUCACGGAUCGCGUCUGCAGGUACUCGAGUAAAUUGAGCGGUACUCGGAAAGACCGUCAGAAGUUUUUACGGAAAAAUUUGAAAGCAGAUACGGUUAAAAAUGAUCAGUUGAAGAGUUCUAUGCAGGUUGGGGCUGUGGAAGCCGAAAAAAAGAGGCUCUUAGUAGAACCAAUGCCAGCAGUCGAGAUAUAUGGAGAGAAUAAAAGGGAGAAGGCAAUAGACUCGAUUGUAGAAGAGGCUGUAGACGCUACAAUCUAA